AUGGUGAAGAAAGCGGCACCGAAGAAUCCGGCAGCGAAGAAAUCGGCAGCGAAGAAACUUGAAUUCGACAAUUCCGUCGCUGAAAUGGCUGUUGAAGCUCCUCGAAGGCGAGGAAGAAGGCCAAAUGCUGUUUCUGAAGAAGUUCCUGAACUCGAGGUGAUUCUGGGGUGGGAACUUCUGGUCAAAGAAUCCCCGAUUCCAACUGUGAUUGGGGAUCCAAGUGCAACUGUCCCAAUAACGAGCAUUCCUACUCCGCCGAAUAUAAAAACAAUCUUUGCUAAGGAAUCUGUGUCUAUAAAGAAGAACAAAAAGGCUGGCAGUCCGAAAUCAAAAGCAAUUGCGCUUGUAUCUGAAAAAGAACCAAUUGAAGAAGAACAACCUAAUCAACUAGUUUUACAAAAUUCUUCUCUGGUUGACGUUCCACAGCCUGAAUCUCAUCAACUUCAUUCACAAGUUUUGAAAGAUGGCCUGCCUAUCGUGUUUAAUUUUGAUACACAAUGUUCAGGAGGAUCAUUGUGUAAAUUAAUUAAAGACUUCUCUCCUGAUCAAAAGGCAGCUGUUCAAGAGAUAGGGUUUGGAGGAUUGUUAGGCCUUCAAUUAAGUCGAAAAAACACUCAGAUGAUGUACUGGUGCAUCAAGUGCUUUGAUGGUGUGAGUUCUCUGUUUACAAUCAGUGAUUCCAAGCAAUUUGAAAUCACUGAUUAUGAUGUGUACGAUUUGUUUAUGCUCCCCCUUUCUGAGCUGGAGGUUGAAGGGGUUAAACGUGGGCGCAAUUCCACUAAUCCUGAUUUUGAUUUGAAGAUCAAGUGGAGAAAAGAGUUCGGUUUUGAAGAGGUCAAUUCUCAAAUUCCUAUAAGGUUGCUUGAGGACAAGAUUAAAUUGUUGACAGAUGGUGGUGAUCUGUUUAAACAAUUAUUUGUUUUUGUUGCUUUCUGUACAUUUUUUACUCCAACAGCCAAUAGGACUGUAGAUUUGAGAUUGGCUAAGGCUUUGGAAGAUCCUAAAAUGAUUUCCAAAUACAAUUGGUGUAAAUACGUUCUUGACGUAUUAUGUGAGGAAACAGUGAAAUUUAAAAAUAGUUUAUUGAAAGGCAAAGAUCAAAAGACAUUUGGAGGCUGUGUUGUGUUUUUGCAACUUGUGUAUUUUCAGAGGAUUAAGUUUAGGAAUUCCAGUGGUAUUCCUGAUCAAUUACCUCUUAUUCAGCAUUGGACAUCGAAGAUGGUAACCGAUCGGAUUCAUGCUGAAAAUGCCAAUAUGAGUGCAUUAUAUGGUUCUGGUAUAUUGGAGAAGGGGAAGUAUCCAAUUUCCAAAAAGUUUGUUUUUGUUGAUGGUCAAAUAGAUUUGACCCAAAUCAAAUCUAUUUCGAAAGAAAAUGAAGCAGGCAGCAGUGGGGGAAGAGCUGAACAGCCCUAUGUUGGGCGUCGAAUUCCAAGUCGGCGUCCUAGGAUUCUUCAGUUUGAAAUCCCUAAUUCUCAUCCUACAGAUGAAGAAAUUUUCUCUAAAGCCACUGAUGAUUUUCAUGGUCAGUGGUUGUUGAUGAAGAGAGAUCUGGAUGUAGUUUCAGCCAUCCAUGCUGAAGAGCUGUUCAAAUUAAAGGCUUCAAUGCCUUCGCAGAACCAUGGCGAUGAUAUUUUGGAAAAUUCCACUUAUCAAAAGAUGGUUGAUGAGUUGGUGGAGAUUCAUCAGUUGGUGAAGAAUCUACCAAAUGGUUGGGAUGACAUUUUUGGUUCAAGUAACAAUCCAGUUGUUACUGCUGCCCCUCAACCUUCUGCCGUUGUUCCAACUGAGCCUGCAGUUGUUACAGCUGCUGUUGUUGAUGCAACAACAUCUACCGAAGCAAUUAUUCGAGAAGUUGAUCCUGACACUCAAAUAAAUGCAGUUCUUGAUUCUUUGAAAAGCAAAGAUAAAGAAAUUACGGAGGAUGAUGAUGAAGAAAUAGAAGAAUAUGAGCGUGUGUGGGCUGGAUUUCAAAAAUGCAUCAUUAACAACCAUGUUGUAUCAAGAGUGAAUGUCAGUGUCUAUGGCAUAGAGGAAAAUGUGAUGUUUAUGUCUCCGUUUAUGAUAGCAUUUGAAGAUUUAAUGAGGCAUCUUCCAGCAUUUGUUCAAGAAGCUGUGGACUUUGCUGCUCUGACUGAUGGAGAGGGUAUUUUGACUGAUGAUAAAGUUAUAGAAUACAAUCAUUUUAUUGCGGUAGGAAGAGAUGACAUGUGGACCCUUCCUUCCACAUUUGAUAUUCUUUUGAUUCAUAUUGAAGCUUGGGCUUUUUUAUUGAAUGAAAAUGAAAGGAAUCCUGCUGGUUCUCCUCAGAAGCUGUUUUUAGGUGGCACAUAUUGUAAAUAUGUUGCUGAUUUGAUUGAGAAACCAGGCAAUGAAAAAAUCUUGUCUGAAUUGUGUGUUUGUCUUAAUUAUGGUGUGAAAGAUGUAAAUGGAGUUCAAUCGUUGAAAGAUUGUAAUAUGGUAUGAUUUAUAUUUUCUUUAUAUAACCAUAUUAUCUUCUUUUUUUUGUCUCCUUUCUUGUAGUUGUAAUCUGUUGUUUUUCUUUUUUAUAUAGAUUUUUG